AUGUUGCAAACCAAAGAGCAACACCAAGGACAGACUCAAACAGCAUCCGGGGAAAAGCUUCUCGUCAGCCCCCUUUGCUGGACCCAUCGCCAUCUCGAGCUCUUGAACUGCGCCUUUGUCACGCUCGACGCGGAGGAGAGCUCCGACGCCCAACCCAUCUCGAGCCACGACGAGCUCGAGAUCGCCCGCUUCCAGCAUCUCCUCGCGUGCGACAACUUUCGUUUGCGGCAGGAGGCCAUCACCUCGUUGGUGAUUACAGGAGGAACGAAUCUAAUCAUUGCCAGCCACCCCCGUCGCUUCCUUUUCGUGCCCGACCUACUCCGCCGUGUUCCCCGCGGCCCCUACGAACCGGUCGCCUUAUUUUUCGAUCAAGAAUUCCUCCGCAGCCUCCGGUGGAACGCUCUUCGCCCCCGCGACGCCGCCGAUGGGACCGUCAACGAACCAGCCUUUCACAUCGCCGAGAAGAGAUUGAGGACCAUGACACCGCGUAACUCGUCCGAAGAUCCGUUUAUCCUGGCCGCGCUGGUGGCCAUGGCCCAAAGCGCUGCGGGCUCUAGCCUACAGACUCAUGGCGAUACUCUCCGUCCAGAGGAGGACAGCCUCCCGAUACUCACCGCGCCGGCUCGGCUCCUCACCAACGCGCCCCCGCCGCCCAAGAGCAGGCUCCCGGCCUUCCUCGACCACUUUAGCAAGCGAGAGCUCAAGGUAUUUUUCCGAUGCUGGGCCGCGGCAUGGAGCGGAAGCAUCCUCAUGUUUAUCGGCCCCACGCUGCGCACCAUUGGAACGGCCACCUUUUUCGCGGGUCUUGUCGUAGUCAUUAUUCCACCAAGCGGCAUCGUCUUCGUCUAUAUCCUCGGGUCCGUCACCCUACUCAUCGGCGUCCUCCUCGGCUGGGGCUGGGGCGCUCUAGUGAUGAAAGUGGCGUCACUCGCUAGGCCGGCCCCCGAAACCGCAGCGCGCGUAAUAGCGCUCCGACGAGCGGCAGCGCAGAGGGCCGAAGAGUCGUCGACCGAUGUGGCGACCGCUUCGCAGAUGCUCGUGCACGAGGGCUUCAUGCUCGACGUGCGGGUGACGGUUGUGACGUAUUGCCUCAUCUGCAUCUUUAUCUACGUUUUGGCCCGCCUUCGCGGUGCCCGCCGCCAUCGGCAUCGGCAUCGGCCUCGCCUGCUCCAUCUUCCUCUUCCCCGCUCCACCUCCCACGUCGUCCUCGACACCGCCGGCGACAUCCUGCAGCUCCUGCACGUGCCUCUCCGGUUCGCCUCGUCCACCCUCGGCGGCGCCGCGGCGCAGCGGGAGGACGAGGAAAAUCUCGCGCACCUCCGCCAGACGCGGGCUAAGAUCAUCGCCGCGUCCGGCCAGAUGGAAGCCUGCCUCGCGUUUCUGCCCCUCGACUUUUCCGUCGGGCGGUGGGGUCCGCGAGACGUCAAGGAUAUCACCGAGGGGCUGAAGACCGUCAUGACGGCCGCCGUGUCGCUUCUCGACUUUCACACCGGUCGGAUCGCCAACGAGGCAUCCGCUUUAGAGGCACUGCGCACGCACGCCCUCGAAACUGACAGCCUCGAGGCCUACGCCGCCGCGGAGGCGAAGCCGCAUGAGAUUGGCGGCCAGCAAAAACUACAGCUCGGCGCCUUCAUCCGCGGACUUCGCUGGUCGGAUAAUCAACCCUUACGGGAAGAAACAGUGCGCAAGCUAAUCACCGCGAGCGAAGAUGCCAUGGGCGCCUGUCUCGAGGGCAUAGAGGCGGCGGGAGAAUGCAUCGCCAUGGUUAACCGAUGCCGAUGGUUCGGAAAACCCUCCCCGGCGGAGCGGCAGCAAGUAUCGGCACGCUGCCAUGCCGCGCUCCUGUGGUUGCGCAAAGCUCGACCGGCCUACAUUCGCGAGUCCACGGAUACCGUGCUCGAUGCGUACUUGCGGACCGCGGAGCCCGGCACGGCCAAGGAUCCGCAUGCGUGGGCAGCCGGCCGACUGCGCAGCCUAGUCAUCGGUAUGGUAUACGAGGAGCAUGUCGUCGUAGCCAUGGCCGGCGUCGAAGGUUUCAUCGAUCGUGUCGUCACGACGUUUGACGCGUCUCCUCGCACGCGCCUCUGGAGUCCAGCCAACUUCCACAAAGCCAGCGCCUGGGCAUUCGACAAGAACGCCCGGGCACCGGACAUGGCACCCGCCUCGGAAGAAGACCCGGACAAAGUCCUGGCCAGCCGAACCAAAAAGGCCGAAGAACGCCUCCGCGUGAGGCGCGGGCACUACUCUGUUCGACGGAACCCGGUGGGUCAGGCGAUAUCAGCAACGUUUGACUGGCUCACGAAUCCCGAAGGCCUGUACGCCCUGCGCAUGGUCAUCGUCACCAUCGCCACCUCCAUCCCGGGCCUCCUCCCCCAAACUGCGGGAUUCUUCUACCGAGAGAAGGGCAUCUGGGCUUUAAUCAUGGCGCAGACGGGUUUGGUCUUGUACAUGGCCGACUUUACCUUUUCCGUCAUGUCGCGCAUUCUCGGCAGCGUGAAUGGCGGGGUCCUUGGGCUAGCUGUGUGGUAUAUCGGCUCCGGCAAUGGCCCUGGAAAUCCAUACGGGCUCUCGGGUGCUAUGGCUGUGGCUCUAGUUGUGCUCGUAUGGUGUCGUUAUGCUGAUGUUCAAAACCCAUCGUAUGGAAAUCCUGGCGUUGGUUACAACGUCUUCUGGCGACGCCUCCUUCUCGCCCUCAUCGGCAUCGCCGCUGCAACUGUCGUCCAAAUCUUCCCCGCCCGCCAUCGGCAGCCAAGCACAUCACAAGGACACUCUCUCACUCUAUCCGCUCCCUUUCCGACCACUACGCCCUGCUUCUCUCCUCAUGGGGCCGACCCAACUCCGACGGAGCCCUGCUCGCGGGGCCCCUUUCCCUCCAUGUCCACGUCCCUCUCCAUGCUGGACGGCCUGAUCGGCGUCCUUCGCUACGAGAUCUCCAGCUCGCCUUUCGAUAGCCAAAGCCUACGCCUCAUCAAGGGCCACUGCGAGGCCAUGAACCGCAAUCUCGCGAGGCUGCUAGCCCUCUCCGGCACCCUACCUAUCCAGUACCAAGAUCGCCUGGCCGCGGUAACGGGCGCUCUCGAGGAGCGCAACAUCGGCGAGGUCAUGUCCGUCCUCAGCGUGUGCGAGCAGUCUCUCAAGACGGCGGACGCGCUGCCCGAGGCGCUGCCGGCGCCCUUGGUCACCAAGGCCUUUGAGCACUGGCAGUCGCACCAUCCCAACAUUGAUCCUGCCUUGGAUCCCGAACUCAUGCGCGACGACGACUAUAGAAGAUUUUGCGUCGCGCUGAGUACGUAUAUGAAGUUCCUCGGGGAUAUUGACGAGCUGGUCCUCGUGCUGAAGGAUGUUCUCGGCGAGUCCCACCUCAUUGCGAGGCACCCGCAGAUAUUGGUGUGA